AUGACGGAGAUCGAUGGAGACUGCGUCACCGUCCUCUGUCAGCUAGCUCUCGGAAAGGAUAGGUAUCAGGGACAUACAGAAAAGACACAUACAACGACGAUCGUGCUUAGGGAAGCAGCAGCCAACCAUCUCGACAAUCCCGAGCGCAAUCAAAAAUGGUGUCAAUAUGGUCAAAUCCCUUAUAAAAUACGACUAGUUCCUGGUGCAGGCGCAAUAGAACUAGAGCUAGGCAUAUGGGAUGAGGGGCUGGCACAACGUGCUGUGAAGCCAUAUGCUACAGCACUCGAAGUCAUACCCGAACGCUCGCUGAGAAUGCACUGGGAGGUGCUGAGGGUAACAAGGUUCUUAGUCGGUUGUGUGCCAAGCACAAACAAAAGAGCGGCGAAACUUAUGCCAUAUAUCUUGCCCCUCUAA